AUGGACGACUAUUGCUAUGAUCCCCCCGUGCUCUUGUUAGAGGCGAAAUCGCAACCUGAUCAGAAUGUGGUUUUACCGUACAUCGAUCGCUUGCACCCAGAAAUACUCUCUCAUAUCUUCUUCGUACACGCAAGAGAUAAUGAUGAGCUUUAUACCUUACGUUGGACACGGGUUCUUUUGGUCUGCAAACGCUGGCAUGACGUUGCGACGGGUACCCAGUGUCUUUGGAGUUACAUCAACAUCAGUUGCGCUGUACGACCGCAUGAUCCCGAUCCAUCGGACAUAGAAGCACACGAUUCCCCGGACGUUCGUCGCAUAGAUGCACAGCUCACUCGCGCUGGCAUGUCACCCCUCACAGUCAUUAUAAAUAUGGCUGUACCGAUGUCCGAAGCCAAACUGGCGCGCACGACGAUGUUCAGCGACCGGCAUAAUCUCUCGUCGCUCACCAUGGGCGGCUCCUACCCUGAGGCCUGA